AUGUUGCUUGAUUAUUUUCUCCCUAAUACAAAUCGUGUAUUACAUUACUUUCCAGAAUGCAGAGGAGAAGACUCAGUCAUUCAGUCAGCAGGAGAUGUGAUCCCUACCGCAGGAGAACAGGUCACACUGGACUGUCAAUUUGAUGCAUUUCAUCCUAAGAAUCUGUACCUGUUCUGGUACAAGCAUGAAGUAAAUGGCUUCCCAAAGUUCAUGCUGGGACGUUUUUCUUUUGGAAGUACAAAUGCCACUAAGUUCAAGGAUAGAUUUGAUGCCGAUCUCGAUGCAGACUCCAAAUCAGUCCCCUUGACGAUCCAGAGGGUGAAGCUGUCUGACUCUGCUGUGUACUAAUGUGCUCUGAGGUCCACAACAGGAUAUACAGCCCCUUACAAAAACUAUUUGAAAGUGUGAUAUAAGACUCUUAGAGAGCCUAGUGGAAGCUCCUCCUCAGUACGUCCUAUAAAGCAGAGUUUAAGAAGUGGUUUCACAAGCUUAUGACACAGUAGACAUGGAAUUGCUGCUGUAGAAACUUCUGAUUCUUGCUGCAUUUUGUUGUGGUAUGAUAACUAUUCAUUUAUGUAUUUGCUUAUUGCCUUUGCUCCAAUCCCAUAAUUUUUUUAAAUAUAAAUGUCAGUAUAAUAUUACAAUAAUUAAUUUAAUGCGUUUUUAUUCCCUCAAUCGUGUUGCUUGAUUUUUUUCUCCCCUAAUACAAAUUGUGUAUUACAUUAUUUCCCAGAAUGCAGAGGAGAAGACUCAGUCACUCAGCCACCAGGAGAUGUGAUCGCUACUCCUUGCAUUCAAUCAGAUUAUUCAAUUAUGGUAUUGGUAGUAAAACAUAUAUUGAUGAAGUAGUAAUUUAAAUGUGAGUAAUUAAGUUGAUUUCUAAAAAGUGUUUUCAAUCACUUUUAUUAUCUAUUUUACCUCUGCAGUAAUGGUAUCUGGAGAUAGUGUACUCCUGACAAGGAGGACUACACCCCCACUGAGGGUGAUACAGAGUCCCUGAGAGGCUGUACAGAAACUAGUACACUGAGAAAUGACUUGUUUUAGAUGAACGUGUUGGUCAUUUCCUGACCACAGUUCAUUAUCAGGUAGCAGAAGGUAAGUAGAUUAGAUUAUUGUGGUUACAAAUGUUGUUAGAGUAAGUAAAAACACAUUUAGCAUAAUAGGGGAAACUUGUAUUAUUUAAAAUUAGAGAAUAUUAUGAAUAUGGAAACUAAUUCUUUUGAAAAUGCAUUUUUCUUCAUGUUAUUCAUUCACUUCAGAAGAUCCUCUGAAAAUGAGUUGUGUUUAGAGGAGGAGCUAGUAUGGGAAUGAAAAAGAGAGACUCAAAAUGGCAUGAAGGUCUUUCCUCAGUGCAUUGUAAGCUUGUCUCUCUAACAUUAACCAUGCUGUGCUGGUUCACCUUGUUCUUUUUAACAUUUGUGGGUAAGUAAAAUACACUUAACAGUAAUGAUAAUGUGUAAUUACUUAUUUACAAGCUUGGAAAAACAACACACAAGGUUGACUGUUAAUGUUGACAAAGUGGCCAAAUGUGUGGAUCUGAAGAUCUCCUCUGCUGAAGUGACAGACUCUGCUCUGUACUACUGUGCUCUGAGGCCCACAGUGACAGAAAUCCCAGAAACACUACAAAAACCUUAUUGCAAUAAAGUCCUACUAGUAAACACCAUGUAAUAGGCAAGCAUCUGCAUACAAAUGAUCAGAGAUCAUGUUCAUCAUUAUCCAUCAAUUAUGUCAUAUUUGUUCGUCACAGAUUAUAAUGUAGAUAUACAGUAUGUCGUGAUGUGACUUUCAUUAUUGUGAUGACUAUUAUUUAUCGAAUAAUUACCUACUAUGUUUAAUUGUUACUAGAUUAAAUUAAUCAUGUAGCAAUUAACUCAUUAGGAAUUUGGGGCACCACAGCAAAAGUUGUUUAACGAGUUACCGUUUCCCAAAUUAACUCUAAAGAUAUCUAGAUAUCUCUUAUCAUUUAACAGUUGUUUAUUAAUCAUUUACCUCAUAUCAGUCUCAUUCUGGAAGUCAUAGACUCUUUAAGUCCGCAUGAACCCGGGUCUUACUGAUCAUUCCGUACCACACAAAUUGAUGUAAUGAUUUAUUUACUAACUAAUUCAAAAUGAUAACACAAGAUACAAACACAUACACGGUAUAGGUAGGGAUUAGAAACUUAAUACAAUGAAAAUGGGUCCCUAGCGGACUAACACAAUAUGUCACUUGUUACAAAAGAUGGCGAGUUAAAGAGAGAGAGAGAAAGAGAGAGAGAGAGAGAGAGAGAGAGAGAGAGAGAGAGAGAGAGAGAGAGAGAGAGAGAGAGAGAACACUUGGAUACACAUGGACCUACGCUCACAGUAAUCCUAAUACCUUGUCCCGAACUGCCACCCGUUUGGUGAGAAGUAAUGCAUGUAUUUACAUGUUGGAGGUCUUCGUUGUGUAUCUCUGUUGGACCCAGGCCUUCGUGUGAAGGGGUCGAUUGGGCCUUCUCUUUCGGAUGGCCUUUAAGAUGUAAGGCUCAGAUUGUCCACAAGAGGUCACAAUGUCCUUCUUCUUAGUUGUCUGUUUACUUUCACUCGUUCUGGAAGUGGUCUUCUGAGGAUGGCUAAUCAGCCGUGUCGAUGAUCCCCUGUGGGGUGAUGAGAGCAGUGUAGUAGACGAUGGUUUGAAGAGAGUAACAGGAUGGUCCCACUUAAAUUCACCUUCUUAGAUACAGUACUUACAACAGCUGCUCAGCCGUAACAUUGAUUGUUAGUGGAGGCAACUUUGUCGUCUUCACCUCGUGUUGAUUUUCAGGGUCGUAACCAAUGGUUACAAAAUCUGUAGCUUGAGUGCUUCUGGUCUGAUCUGAUAAUUCUUAACUCAAUCUUUUAUGCACUCUGGUAAAGAGGGGCAUUUCCGUCAUACUGACACGCUCUCUGAGCUCCCUCGGGCGUGGCUAGUUACAAGGCAAAAGUAUUAUCAUCACUUGUUAGAAAGCUAAAAUCACAUUCCUAUCUUCAUGAAAACAUUGUCUUCCUCCUUGAUAUUUUCUACACAACGUACAGGAUGUAAACCUGAUAUACACAGUGUAAAAGCUCUUCAAGUCACAAUGUUUUCAUUAUAUAGCGAGUCAUGACAGUCCCCCUCUGGUGGUUCAACCUUGGAAGGAUUCUGCAAGUUUGCAACCCACCAUAAAAAUGACCACGGGAUGUCCUGGUUCUGGAUCAUCAUUGCGGGCCCGUCGUCCGUUUGUCCAGGCUGGUAGAUCUAGGCGGUAACUUACACAGACAUUAACAACGCACAACACUCAGGAAAUACAUCAUUACAUUUCUUCCCCAAAUGGGUGGCAUUGUGGCACUCACUGGUGGUCGUAUGGGGAACUUGUUUGUGGCAAUAUCACUUCCUUACUGUCAAAGGAAAUAAAAAAUUGAAAUAAUAAAAACACAACAAAAGAUAUACAAAUAUAGUUCCCCCACCUUAAUCAUCUACUUGGACUCUAUUCUAUGUACAUCCAUGGUCUUGGCUAAAUGACACUAUCAUGACAUUUGUCUGAUGUCAUAUCUAGGGCGAUCCUACUUGAAGGUGAGUAGUUAAGACACUCUCUAAAAUGGCACCCUGAAUGACAAAGCUUCCAUUGUGGCACUACAUGGCUGACCUAGCAAACUCUGGGGAAGAAGCUGGGAAUGCUGUGGGGUUUUGGAAUCUAUUGCCAGUUUUCCGAAAAUCGGGAUUGCUUCCGUCCCACAGGUGAUCCUAGCAUAAGACCUCAUUAGGUCUUCCAUUGCGUGUGUGCGCCUGUGUACAUAGUAGGUGCACACGCCAAGGGCAAUAAGACCAAGGAUCAUGGUAACAGUCAGGAUACUGUCCGGCACCGUCCAAGAGCGGGUGACAGACCAAUCUUUUGGCUAAAAGUGCCUCAUUCAGUACACUAAGAUCAACAGUCAUCGGUCCCUCGUACUGAAUUUUGUUUUGAAAAGCUGGUGGUAACUCAAGGGAACGUUUAGCAAAAGCGUCAGGCAUUUCAAUAUCUGUGUCUAUCCUGUCGUCAGGAAGUUGGUAUAGGGCUAGGUCGUCUAUGUGGAUAAUCGCCCCCUCUGGUACCUUAACAAAAAUUGUCUGAUUGGGGAGGUUCAGUUUAGUGGUUGAGUCAUGGCAUUCGUAAGUCAUAGUGGCGGACAUGAAUGGGGGGUUAAUCAGCCAUUGAAUCCCUACCACUUCCACUUGCGUGGUGGUGACUCCACCUCUUGCUGUUAGUUUGGCUCUACAGCGUUCUUCGCUGGUGAUAGGCAUAAGGCCACAAAGGCACUUAGUGUUAUCCCUGAUUAAGGGUUUGCUAGGACACAAGUAGUGGCCGUCUUUGGUUAGAGUACACAUUUACAGGUUAGGGGUUAUAUAGACAUCUGGAUUGUGUUCCUGAUAAGCUAUGUCUGGAGGUGUGAUGAUUUUCACAUGGGUGUUGUCGCGCCAAAAUCCUACGUUUAGAACUGUUUUCAACCUAUAGAUAUUCUCCAGUUCAACAACGGCAGCGUCAGUAUAAAUCCAACUUCAUUUUGAUUAAAAUCAACGUGUAUUGGAAUUGCAGACCCCAGACUAUAGGCCAGGUGUGACUGUAAUGGCUUUAUCAUUAUUGUGGUAGCUGAGGUCAAUAUGUUGUGCUCCAUUGAGAGGGGCACUAGAUAUGAGGGGAUUCUAUUCAUGGCCAAGUUGUCCAUAGAAGAGCUAACUUCACGGAGAAAAUCCUCCAACAACAAUCGAACCAAUUGGACAUGGGCAUAGUUAUGGUUCAUGACCUCUACUAGCUUGCCUACCGACAGGAGGGUUUUGUUCAAGAGAGUAGCAUGUGUGUUUACCACCAGAAUAGUGUCCUGGAGAGACCUUCCCACAUGCUGAAACCUGAGUGCCUGUGAUUGCAUCUGUUGCUGGAUAAGUGGCAUCUCUUCAGUAAUCUCCCUAACAUUCAUUUUGACCGUGGUUAGACUGACUGCGUUGACAGCAGUGGUACCUAGAGCGAAUAGUGACCCUACGGUUGCACCUAUUGAGAGUAGCUCCUCGAGGAAUCGUUUUUCCUUACCUGACUGUGAACUUUUAGAGUUGGGCCAACAUGUGGGCAGUGUCUAGCUGAGCGUGCUUAACUGCCUGGAUGGUCCAGUCAGCCCCGGCCCAACUCAUACAUGCCGCAGGGAAAAUGUGUUGGCGGUACACGUUCUCUGCAUCUAGGCGGACGUACACCUUCUGCGCGUGUACUCUGCAGUUGGUUAUAAGGAGUCCUGGAUCAUCAUGGAGAACGAUUCCCGUAGGGGGUCCACUCGUGAGUACAUCUGCUGGAUUGGUUUUGACAACACAUUUAGCUGAUUUUCCUAUUUUGAACAGCACAAUGCAGGUCAAUAUCAACAAUGACAACGAACUGUGUCUUGUAGCUGGGAAGAGAAGAAAAUAUGUUAGGUGCAAUGUACUGACCUCCCAGAAGGGAUCAGCUAAGGAUACUUGAGAAUUUUGUUAGUACCUCUGAUUGGCUAGGUUUCUAUCUAUUCGGGGCUGGCUUGCACCCCUUCUAUUCCCAUGGGGGGAGUGUACAACUUGAUUUGGUUCCUGUGGACCCACUUGAACAUGAUGUUCUAUCGACCUUUGCUGAUUCUGAUUUGAUAAGCAACAGGUGACAGCUUUAACACAAUCUCAUGUGGCCCUGUCCAGUGGGGCAGGAACUUUUUCGCAACGCCCACGGGUUUGGUGUAUACGUAGCCAUUUAAAUUCAAUUCGAUUUCAAAUACAUUUUCAUGAACAAUUAAAUGUAUGUGUAUUAAAACCUUUCUCUAUGCAGGUGUCAGUUUUGAGGACCUCACUCCACUCAAGAAAGAAGAGUACCGUUUAGAGAAUGGGUAGGCAAUCCAGGUCCUGGAGUGCAGCAGGCACUUCAUGUUUUGAUUUAACCCACCUGGAAGACCAGGUGGGUUGAUUUUAGGCAAUCACUGAACUAAUCAAUUAGCUCAGUUGGGCAGGGGUGGUGCCUAGUUGGAACAAAAUCCUGCAGUACCAGUGGCACUCCAGGAACAGGGUUGCCUACUCCUGGUUUAAAGGGAACCCAUGUUACCCUGUCUUACAAAUACUCCAGAACAGCUACUGGUGGAGAUUAAUUCUACUGAUAUCACCAAGACACAGCAGAAAGGCCAGCGUUCCUCCUCUACAUCUCAGGUACAUAGUUUAUAAUGAAAGCAGAUCCUCUGAACUCUCGAAUAUCUGCAAAACUGAAUGAAGAGAAAAAACUUUUGGAUCUAGAGAUCUCCUCUGCUGAAGUUACUACUUUGCUCUGUGUUGUGAGGCCCACAGUGACAGGAAACCUACACACACUGUAAAGAAAACCCACAUCAGCAGGAAUUAAUCUGGUUUCUUUUUUAACUUGUGUCUAACCCUUAUUUUUUAGACAUCAAAUCACUAAUGAAUGAUGUUAAUGUCUCCUGUAAAUAAAGCCAAUGACUCAAAUGUUUCACCUGUCCUAAAUUUGAUUUGAGCAUUGAUAGAUUCUGUCAAUUUGAUGCAUAGUCCAAUUCUCCUACAGCCAGGCCUUUUAUCCAUAUCAUAUACAUACAAUAUGCAUGGAUUAAAUGACUGUAAAUCCAUGUACUGCAACCUUUAGAGGAGCUUACCUGAAGCCAACUGACUGGCUUCUUUUGGUCUGGGUCACUAGAUAGGAAAAGUAAUUCAAGUUUUCACAUGUAUAAUACUUCAUUAUUCAUGUGAGGAUUUAGUGGCUUUAUUCUCAAAACCUCCUCAACAUUUAAAUGUGGUCAGCAAAGUGUAAGUAGAGUACAAAGGGUUUUCUUUACAUUUACCCACAAACAGCCAUUUCUGCAGCUCCUGGCUGAUCUUCAGGUGAGGUACCUUCUUAUCCUACAUGUGCUGCCCACUACACCUUCUGAAGGACAGAUUAAUCAGGCCUAAGUGAGCCAGGUGGCUCGUCCACUGCUUCUCACUCUUCAGCCACAACUACUGAGAUGUUCUCUCUGGCUCAUGAUCAGUUAUAUGACAGAUCUACUUUGUCUGUGCUCCUCCUAUAGACUGCCCUCCACAGUUAUGAAGUCCAGUGACCAGGUUUUUCUAUGUGUAAUAAUGAUACAAUAGAUCUAUCUAGUGUUCAACAUUUGGCCUAACAAGGUGAAACCUUGACAUUGCUUGUAUUUUCAAUGGUAAGUUACUAGUGAGAUUCAAUAGGUGUCAGUGGAGUCUCAUCAAUUUGCUUCUAUUCCUUUAAAUGAUGCAAGCAGCAUACCAACACUUUACAGGUGUCUGUGUGGUAUAAUUUCCCCCACCAAUUAGCAUAUCAAACUAAAUCAACCUGAGAAGGGCAGCAUUUCACAGGGAAUCCUUUUAGUAGUUCAACUAAAAUGAAUAUACAAUAAGCUCCUCCCCUGAUUCAGAGCCCCACAAUUAUGAGACUUCUCAGCUACAGUGGAUGGAACAUAAAGUCUAUAACAGUCUAUUCUUCCUCUAUACAUGAAUCAUAAUGGCACAUUGGCUUAGGAAUACUUUACUUAUCCUGGCUGCAUGCUAUUUUGGUACGGUAUAGUGCUUCUCUUUCCUAUUCUCUUUGUCUGAAACUUAGCUAAUAAGUUAUUAUACAAUUAUUGAUUAAUUAUUAUAAACGAUUAUUAUAACGACUUUUUCAGAUUGCAGAGGUGAAGAGGCUGUUGACCAGCAGAGUGGACAUGUUACUGCCCUUGAAGGAGGACUGGUAACACUCAGCUGUAACUACACUACCAGUAGUACAUCUCCUGAUCUCUUCUGGUACAUCCAGUUAACUAGGGACUCUCCUCAGUAUGUCCUGAGGAGAGAUCGUUAUUCAGAAGGGAGCAAUAGUGAUGAGUUCAAGAAGAGGUUUGAUUCCAGGCUGAAUUUCACAUCUAGCUCGGUCCCCUUGAUGAUCCAGAGGUUGCAGCUUUCUGACUCUGCUGUGUACUACUGUGCUCUGAGGCCCACUGUGACAACAGGAUAUACAGCCCCCCUACAAAAACUAGUGUAGCCUUGGCACUAGUGUAGAAAGAUUGUAAGCCUUACUUCUGUGUUGGGUGUGAUGUUAGCAGGGCUGUACACCUCACACAGUGACACUUAGAAGAAAAUGUCAGAGGAGAGUGAAUGCAUGCAAACAUCAGUCUGAAGAUGGAGAAAUCAGUGUAUUGAUCAUUCUGAUUAUGACUACAGGUAAACAAUACCUAA